GUAUGUGGGUAGUGCCAGGACCAUAGCCGUUGUGUGCUCAGCCAUCUGUUUUCAUGGCAUGUCAUGGAAGAUAUCCGUUCAUGGUGGGAAGUGCCUAGCAUCGCACAUUUUUGUUCGUUAUUCAGGACUGCUUUUGGAUUGACUGACUUUGAAAUCGAGGAUCUUGAAGAAGCUUUAUUGUCUGAUGGGACGGUUGAUGGUGGUUCAACACUAAAUAGCACGUUUUUGGGCGACCUUCAUGCGCGGUUGUUGAGAGGUCUGUUUGAAACCAACGAUAUUCACGCUGAUACAUUUGAACCAUUUUUAUCUCAAGUUUUAAAAAUCAGAUGGGAGGACGAGCUAAGUAAAGAAAACCCAUUGAAAGACAAUUCAUACAGCUCACUUACAAUACAACAAAAAGUUGAAAUUCUACACAAUCUUUGUGAUUUUCGCCUCGACGUUGCGGACGUCCAAGACUUACUGAAAGGUUUAGACGCAGACAGUUUACGGGUAGAGCCUCUUGGUAGAGAUUCCCAGGGGAACAUUUAUUGGUACUUUUACGGMACACGUUUAUACAAAGAARCRCCCGUUGAAACAGCAGAAGAAAGAGAAAAGAGAAAACUAAAACGAAAGAAAAAACUUGUUACAAAAAAGAAGAAAAGRAAAAGGAAAAGAGCAAAAGGAAAACGUAAACAAAAAAAGAAAAACUCGUCUGACUCUGAUUCUGACUUUGUGACAAGCUCAAGCAGUGAUAGUUAUACAAGCGAAGACGAAGAAGACGAAGAAGACAGUGAGCCAGAAGAGAACCAAUCAGACACACCCAAGUGGUCCCUUGUUUGCUCAACGUCAUCAGAGUGGGAAGAAUUAGCAGAAUCAUUCAAGAAGUCAAAACACCGCGAUGAAAAACUGCUCUAUCAGACUCUUUCAGAGGACUUUGUCCCUGAAAUUGAGAAGAUGAUAGAAGCAAAGGACAGAGCAUAUCAAAAGAAAUUACUUGAAUUAGCACCGAGAAGAGCAUCAACAAGAAUUGCAAUCAAAAUGAGUUUAAAAGAAGACAGUGAWAUCAAAGACUUUGAAGACAGCGAUGAAAGACAGAGUGAAAGAGAACGUCUUGCUGAAGAAAAGAGAAUAGAAGAAGAAGAAAAACAGAAAGAAAAGGAACGACUCGCUGAAAGGAGACAGCAAGAAAGGGCAGAAAGAGCAAGACUACGUGAAGAACGGCAGUGGAUGAGAAUGAAUGGUGAAUUCCCACUAGAUUCUGCAAUGCCAGAAAAUGGGAAUGAGGACAGAAAAGAGGAGUCAGGUUCUAGACGGGAGAGAAUGCCAGAAUUUGAUGGAGAUGAUGACAGAGAUGAAGACUUGUACACCGGGAUGUAUAAAGUAUUAGAUUACCUCAAGAAACACAAUAAUGCUUGGCCAUUUUUAGAGCCUGUAGACGAGUCAUAUGCACCACAGUACCAUGAAAUCAUUGAGACUCCAAUGGACCUGUCUACAAUUGAGGAAAAGCUUGACAAGGGUGAAUACAAGAAACUAGAACAGUUUCAAGAYGAUAUGCAGUUGAUGUUUGAUAACUGUGAUGAAUACAAUGGACCAGACAGCAUGUAUACCAAGAUGGCCAACACCCUUAAAGCUGCAUUUGAACGUCAAGUCAAAAAACACUUCCCAGAUGAUGAAGAUAACAGCGAUGAAGAUUAUGAAGAAGAGCUUCGCAAGGGAAGAAGAAAAGAACGGGAAAGAGAAAUGAAAGGGAAGCAAAAAAGAGAAUUCUCAAUGAAUGACUUUCUGAUGAACAGACAAGAGAACCAACAAUCCAAUCAGGGAAUGGGAUCCAUGCCGUUUCCAUUCAUGGGUGACAUGGGAAUGAACAGAGUUCCAAAUCCAAUGAUGGCWGGUUCACGUCAUCCACAAGAUUUUCAAUUCCCACCUGGAGUACCCCCAGGUUUUGGUCCUGAUGGCCGGCCUGUAUAUCCACCUCAAUUUUAUCAGAACUACUAUAAUGCUACAAUGGCUAGAUUUAAUAUGCCACAGCAGAGACAAUUUAGCCCAUAUCAAUACCAACCCCCUCCCCUCACAAGGGCUCCUAUGGGGGAUCCCCAAGGGAUGCGAUUUCCUCAACAGGGAAUGGAAGGUAGAAUGCCAUUUCAAAGGCCAUCUCCUAAUGGCAUGACUCCCCCUGGAUUGUCUAGAAUGCAGGGACCACCCAGGAUGGGACUACCAGGUGUUGCACAAGGACCAGGAGGAAUGCCGACAAGACCACAAAUGGCACCACAUCAAGCAGCAUCACAAUUGAUGCCUGAAACAUCACAACAACAGCCAUCCACUCAGUCCUCUUCACCAACCUCACAACCAACACCCACAUCACAGCCCCAGCAACCUCAGCUACCUAACCAAUUYCGACCAAGUGGGAUGGUCUCUCGUCCUGGAGGAUACCCCAUGCAAAUGMCUCCUAAUCAYUCAGGUCCAGUACCUGGACAGUUCCCAGGCUACUCUAACAUGAAUGGACCCCCAAGACUCCARAGAGCACCUCUGGAUCAAAUGGCCCAAAAUAGAAUGGGCCCAUAUGGUCAAAGCAUGGGACCUGGUUAUGGGAUGGGCCGAGGGGCUCAGCUACCUCCUGGUUUUAUGCCCAGCUCUCAAGGACCACCUAAGUCUCAAGGAGCUCCAACAGUAUCAGUACCCUCAUCCACAGGAGGGUCAGGCUCUGCAUUGACGUCCCCUGCUGCAAGCGAUGCCAGUGGAGAUGAGAAGAAGUCACUUGAAAAGAAUGUAGCAUCACCUGUGCCACGAAGURCACCAGCAACUACAUCUGGUGAACCAACACCACCUUCUCUCACAGCUGAAAAAGAGAAACGAGAAUCAGAGCAAGCUGUACCGAUGUCUCGUCCUCAGUCCUUUGGACAACCCUUCCCUCAACAACCAUACUAUGGACGUCCCUUGGCACCUUAUCCACAGGGCUUACCACAAGGGAUGGGAUCAAUGCCCCAAGAAAGGCACACCAAUGUAAUAACUGGCCCUGGUGGUCCUCCAGUGUCCGAUCAAAGUAAAACUGCUGACCAACCACCGACUGAUCCAGCAUUGCAAAAGGACGCAUCAACCCCAACUAUACUACCCAAACCUGAAGGUCCUUCAAAUCAGGUCAAAGCUAGGCCCCAGGGGACACCUACACCCCCAAAUGUUGUCCUGCCGCCAAAUGUUGUGCCACCGCCAAAUGUUGUCCCUAGAAGCCAAAUGGAGCAAGGAUCAAAAAACAAAGGCGUUGGACUGUCCAUCAGUCAUAUAUUAGGCUCACCCUCUAGAGAAACGUCAUCACCACGACCAGAAAACAGAGCCCCAGUAAUAACAACAUCUAGACGCUCCCCACCCCCCUUGGUAUCCGAUCUCAGACGUCCUGCAGACAAAGGCAAGAGUGAUUCAAACAGAUCGUCCCCGUUAGUCGAGGGGCCGAAUCAAGCACCUCCAGAACGUCCCCCUUCAGGUUACAAAAGCUGGCCACCAGAUCAAGGCCCUCCAAGACAGGGUAGUCCUAGUCUGGCUGGUGGUCGUCCUAGAGGUUUCCUAGAUGAACUUUUCAACGGAAAGCCUCCAACAUCUAAAGACUUGGACCCCGUUUCGGAGCCAGGUGCUGCACAGGGAGCCCAAAGAUUACCUUUUACGUCACUAUUGAAGGAAAUAGCUCCACAACGAGAUAGUCCCGGUAAAGAAGGUGUUGCAGUGGCCCUUGAUUCAUCAACUUCAGAAGCACAAACAAUUGGACGAGGUCUUGGUGGAAUGAACCAGGCGCACAAGGAUUUUAUGACCCGGAACUAUCUCCAAGGGCAGGGAGACCCUCAGAGAUACGGAAUACCCAAACAAAUGAGUCCCUACGGAAUGUACCCAGGUAAAAUGGGGCCUGAAGGAAUGUCCCCACUAGCAUAUAGAGCCCAGGGACAAGAUAUGGUGAGUGUCGAGAGAGAACGCGCUCUGCAGCUCGCUGGUAAAAGGACCCCAGAUGGGCAGUUCGUCGACUUGGACGCGAUGCAAUAUCGGGAGCAACCAGGCUACCCAACUCCUGAGCAACUAUUCCUAAUGGAACAACGACGUCAGCAAGAGAGAAUGGCGUCAUCACGAGGCACUGUGAUUGGUGGGGACGGUAUGCACAUGAUGCGUUACCCUGGCAACAUGAUGUUACGUCAGCAGCAAGAGCAACAGUACCUACAGGCGAUGUAUGGUAAUCGGAUGCGAAAUGGAGAAUAUGCAAGUUCGAUGUCGGAAGAAGCGCCCAGCUCUAAAAUCCCAAGAUUCAGUUAACCCCAACAGUAAGCCAAUCAACAAAGAGAAUAUUUAUUGACCAAUGAAGUCGAUGUAUGUGGUUUUCAUAAAGUGUACAGUUGUAAUAUCCAUGCAAUCACCAUGAAUAUUCAGCCUCAAGAGCUGAGUGAUUUGAAAUCUUUUUUAUAUAUGUUAUCGAAGUUUUUAGUUUGUCUUAGUUAAGCGAGAGUUUUAGAUUUGCCUCAUCAGUAAUAAGACUUAAGUUGAAAACGAAAGAUGAGAUAAAAUCAGCAGAAUAUUUGACAAAAUCUUCCCCAAAGUAUAGCUAAAUUAAGUUAGUUGCUGCUGAGAUAAAUUUAAAACUCUCUGUUUCGUAUACAUCGUAGCCCGUGCAUAGCCCUCUCCCUCUCCCACACGGGUUUAAAAUUUGAGAGUAUUUUACCCGCAGCGGGGUGGGGUAGGGAAAGGUUUUGCACAAAGAGCGCACUGGAAAGAAGACGCAACAAGGACAAGCAGUAGCCUCUCAACCACUUCACAAAGGUUACAGCCAACAUUGUUAAGAUGUCGAAGCUUGAAUCCAAUUGCAAGUGUUGUAGGUUUAGGUUUGAACGUCGAAGUUUAUACCUUAUGAACUGGCUUGAUUCAAAUUCAACCUUUAGCGACGUUUUAGCUCAUUUAAAAACCUGAGAACGUCCAACUAAGAUAAAAUGGCGAAGUUGUUUUCUGCGUUGUCUUUCAUGUCGUAUGCGUUUGAUUAUGUUUCGGCUUUUUUUGAACCAAGCUCUGUUCAUGAUGUGUAAAAUUCACGUUAAAGUCAAAGCUUAAACCCCUUCAGUAAGUCUAAAACGUGAAGAUAAUUUACUUUUAUGUUAAGUGAUUUUCGUUUGUGUAAAAACCUCGCAUGCAAACAAAUGGGGUCCUGCAGUUCAAGAUGGUGGCUCUCAAUUUACCCAGUAAUGGCUUGAGUUAGUGUGUUUAUAGUCUCCUCGCAGCCGUUCUUAGUGGCGGGCUCCCUGUCCCCCGCCCCACGGCGUGUGUUUAAUUCGGAAAUUAAAAAGCAGCCUUUUUCGCUCUAAAAAUCCAAGAAACUACAGCAUGUAGUUGGAUUUAAAAUAAUAGGCAAUUACCGCCACUGUCAACAUGAAAUACGACAGUGAUUCACGAGAUUGAAAGUUGAGUUUUUAGCGGGCGCGCAAUAUUUACUGCUAUUUUUUGCGCGCUUUUUGACUGCAUCCCAUGCGCACUUAAUCAUUGUACAUUUUGUGUUAAUAGUUGAUGUUUAAAUCGUAUAGAAAGCUCUUGGAAUGAAGACGAUUUUGAAUAUAUAUGAAAAAAGUCAGCAACAGCUCGUCUCUAGAUUAGUUUUUUUCUACAUUCGUACGGGAUAAUUUGAUAAAAUGUCUUUUGAUAUUUAUUUCUUAUCUUUUUCAAGUAUUUAACUUUUCGUACAACAGGCAUCUAAGUGCUUUGCAAAGUCGUCUUUGAAAAUCAACCAAGAGUUAUAUGGAAAAUAAUCAAAACGAUUUUUAUUAAUAAAACAGACUCGAAUACUA